AUGAACCGUGAUUGGAAAAAAGAAGAUGAAACAUCAUCCAAAUUCAUUGUCAGUGGUUGGUACUACAGGCAUACUCCACGGGCUGUAUUAGGUCCAGUACCACAAUGGUGGUGUCCUUUCGAUCUACUUGGUCUUUUUCUUAGCCUCCUGGGGCCAGCGCCGGCCUCUGCUGACAAAAACAACUUCUAUCUACCCCUCACAGCAGUCUACGGCCGUUGGUGCUCACGUAUCGCGGGUGCAGCAGAUGAGAAGUGGAAGUGGAAGCCAAGUAUUGAAGGCGAGGGUGAGCUGCCGUUUGUUUUCCAAUGUACAUGGUACCUCCAGGUCGACAAGAGCACCAGGCAGCAUUGGGGGCAAUACUUUCUGGGAGCAUCCAAUGCCGGGGACAAGUUCGAAACAGAUGUGAAGCUUGACACAUAUACGGGAGCCUGGAGGGAGCGUGCACAAGAGGCCCGUUUUGAUAUGUUAUUCAGAUGUCAGAAAGUGCCCAUGGUUCAAGUAAACGACUUCAAAAACAAGACAGCUCCCAACAUGGAGAAGAAGGCCGAUCGCAACAUGGUACCGUACGGAAACUGCGCCGAAACGUACCCAUUCGCUAUCAGAUUCUUGGCAGAUAAAAAGCAAAACCAAACUUCAAUGACCGGCCUCGCUCUCAAAAGCAAAUUCAUGGAAAAGGCGGAGUAUCCCGACUAUGAAGAAUACUCUACCAGUGAUGUUUGGAAGAACCUGAUGGCUCCUUGUGCUAAUUGCAAGGUGCUUCUUCAAAAUGCCGGGGCGUUGGAGUCGCAGUUUGCAGCAAAUCUAGAUAAGGCCAAGGCUCCCAAACGACCAAAGUCCAUGCUGGAAGGUGAGGAGCUGUUAGUCGAGGAUGGAAGUUUGGAAAAAGAGAAGCACCAGGCUUUACUCGCAGUUUCGUAG